GUUUCUGUUCAUCCCUCAGAAGUUGGAACUAUUUAAGAGACAGCUUUGCUAGUUUCUAUAAUACAAUUUAUUAUUUGACCUUUAACCCUUGACUUGACCUGUGGAGUGUCAUGGGGUCAAAGUAUGACAAGGAGCCCUGUUGUGGGAUCUCACUGCUGAAGUAUGUUCUCUUCAUCUUCAAUUUCUUCCUCCUGCUUGGUGGAGCUGGUGUAUUAGGAGUUGGAAUCUGGACGGUCAUCUCAAAGUUUGACUACACAGAGGUUCUCUGCUCACACGCUUACAUCAUCGCUACGUAUGUCCUCAUCAUCUCAGGGGGUGUGGUCAUCAUCGUUGUCAUCACUGGUUGCUAUGGUGCUGUGCAAGAGGUCAAAGGUUGCCUGUUGGUGUACUUCACUUUGCUCCUUCUUCUGUGCCUGGUAGAGCUAGCUGUCGGUGUCUUUGUGUAUUAUUACAGAGGAGAGCUUCAAGAUGAGCUUGUAAAGUGCAUGAACAGUUCAAUGACGAAGAACUACGGAGUGACUGGUAAUGAAGCCUACACUGUUACGGUAGAUGAAUUACAGACGAGUUUCAACUGCUGUGGUGCAGCUAGCUUUGAGGACUGGGAGAAGAGUGAAUGGAAGCAGAACGGUAACGCUGGUAAUCGCAGCGUCCCGGCUAGCUGCUGUAAGACCUACAGCCCAUACUGCUCAGUCAGAACACAUCCAUCAAAUAUUUACCACCAGGGUUGUGUAGUUGGCCUGUCGCUGAUAGUAGAAGAUCAUCUCAUCAUCAUAGGUGCUGUGAGCUUGGCUAUAGCUGGGGCAGAGAUCAUGGGUCUCAUCUUCUCCAUGUGUCUCUACUGCCAUCUACGCUAUGAAGAACAGGAACCCUACUGAUCAGUAUGAAACAACUCAUUACAAUAUAUGCAUACAUUUGCAUAUAUUAUGCUAAUUAUGCUAAUCAUCAAGGGAUCCCACAUGUUUGUGCAUGCUUUCUGAUGUACUCAUCAAAAAUGAAAAUGGGAAGAGAAAUUGUGAACUAAAUUUAAGAAUAUGAGGGGCACAGCCGUUUGUCCUCUUCAAUAUCUAUUUGCAACUCACUUUUUUAAAAUGAUAUUAGUUUAUUCAAUGUAUUUAUUUGUCCAAUGUCAUUCAACAUGGAUAUUUGGUUUGCUCACAUGUAAAAUAUAGGCUCAGACAAGGAUUGCUAUCUUUCAAGAAUAUUUGUGCGACCAAUUUAACAUUUUUUCAACAAUUUCAACAAUGUUUGUGUGACCAAUUACUUGGUUAUAAGUGCUUGGGCGGGGUUUGAACCCAGGACCCAUUGAAUCAAACUAAGAAUCACAACCUCUAAACCACAGUGCCCCAAGAAGGAUUUGUUUGUGUUUUUUGUCCAGUAUGAUGCAUUUGAUAUGAGUCUCUCUGGUCAUGGCUAGAUUUUUAGGCUCUAUUGUGAAUGGUGCUAUAUUUUUUUCCUCCACUCUUUUAAUGCAUGGUUUUUAUUCUAAUGUAAACCUAUCACAUACUGAGCUUGAAAUAUAUACCGUAUAAGCUUAGAAAACUUAACAGUCUCCUUACAAAAUGAUAUUUGGAGCAUGUAUCUAAAUAAAAUUGGAUAGUAGCAUGGAACCCCCCCC